UACCUUUUGUUUGUAUUUACUUGUUACAUGUCAGAUAUAGUUAGAAACAAUAUAACUCUCCCUACCUAGGUAGGUAGCUCUUAAUGCCCUCCGCCGUUUCCAUCUCUUCCAAAAGGUUGUCUCUCUUUACUUUUCCCAAAUCAGCCAGUUUCGGUGCCAUUCUCAUACAUAUACUCAGUGCCUACCAUGACGAAGCCUAUUCGCGUAUGGCUUACGCCGACCAUUCCCAACCCUUGGAAAGUUGUCCUUGUCCUUAAUGAGCUUCAAGUUCCCUAUGAAAUUGUGGCUUUCCGUUUUGACGAUAUUAAGAAGCCGCCCUUCAUUAACCUCAACCCGAAUGCUUCUGUCCCCGCCAUCGAGGAUCCCAAUACUGGCGUCGUUCUAUGGGAAUCAGGUGCCAUUGUGUCAUACAUUAUAGAACGGUACGACAAGGACCUUAAGUUGACGUAUCCGGACGACAGAGUACAGGACAAGCACGCACUCAACCAAUGGCUCCAUUUCCAGAUGAGCUUGCAAGGCCCAUUCUUUCACCACGCCGGCUGGUUCAAUUUCCUUCAUCCGGAGAAGAUAGCCUCAGUUCAGGAUCGCUUCAAUAACGAAUGCAAGCGACAGCUCGGCGUCCUUGACGGCGUGCUCGAGGGCAAGGAAUGGUUGGUUGGCGAGAAGAUGACCUACGCCGACUUGUCCUUCGUUCCCUGGAACGACAUCCUUCACCAAUGCAUCCCAAUGGUGGCAGAGGACAGAUUCAAAGAGAUCCCGAAUGUGCAAGCUUGGCAUGACCGGAUGACGUCGAGGGACUCCUGGAAGAUGAUCGCCGAUGCGAGGAAGAAGGCCAUGGAGGAGCAGGACUUGGCUUGGACCGGCAUGCCCCAGGGGAUGCCCACCUAUCAGGAGUACUUGGACAAGAUCGCGAAAGGUGAUGAGACCAAGGCUGAUCAUAAAGGUGACUAAGUCUUAUAGGACCUCCACCCUGAGCCUGACCGACUUCGGGCGGAGCUCUGGCCAACUCUGGAAAGGAUAUUGCGGCUGGAGAGGGAUAAGAUUAUUUUGAUGUAGCUAUCUAA